GGCCACACCUCUUUGCAUGCUGGUAACCUGAUAAGCAGUUGGCUGGAGGGUGAUGAAGGAGAAACUCAAUUGUCAAAAGCUCAGCUUUGGAACAGAGGCUUAAAAGAGAAGACAUCAUCACAGAUCAGAGACAAAGGGGACCAUGUAUAGAAUGGGAGCCAAGGUAGGGCCUUCCUAGGAAGAGAAACAGGGCAUGGCAGAAGGAGAGGAAGGUGGUGAUGCCCGAGCCCCACCAGUCCGCCUCUGGGUGCGGCGCAUAGGUGUCUACUGUGAUGAGAACCAGAAAACAUGGCUGGUGGCAUCAGAAGAGGAGGCAGAUACAGUGAAAGCCCGGAUCAGGAGAGUCCGGGUCCCCCUGGGCCAGGCAGUGUGCCCCAGCCAUCUUCCUGCAUCCCAGCUGCCCCACAUGUGGCAGCUUUCAGAGGGACAGCAGUACCGGGACAGUAACUCUCGCAUCUGGAACAUCGAACACCAUUUAAUGAUCAUGGGAGUGGAAGAGCUGCUGCUGAAACUCCUCCCAAGUGAUUAAAUCUGGAGCUGUGUGACUCUAGGAUGGUAUCCCUGUUUUGUUUUUUUAUGUGGUAACUCCCAGCACUAAAAAGCUGCUGCCUCUGUGGUGGAGCAUGGCAGGCAGCUCUCUUGGCAGGACCACCCGAGAGAUUAGGACAGGC